AUGUCGUGCCGACUGUUAGCAAUCGUCCUCUUGUCUGCAGCGCGGGCGCAGACCUGUGAGGAUGACCAGACAUGCCAACAGCCGAGCAAUCUCGGCGAAGAGGGAACGUUCAUGCAGGUGCGUGUCGCUGACGAAUCUGUCGACGGAUCGGUCGAAGGAUCGGUCGAAGGAUCGCAGACGAACACAUCUAUGGCGAGCUACGUGGAAAAGGUCCUGGGCAAAGUGACGGCUCUCGGUGGCAGCCACCAAAAUAACGUGGCGCUCGCAAAGGACGAGGUCCGCAACCUUGCCGUUCGACUGGCGGCAGAUCCCGACUACACCGUUUUCAACGUGAGCCAGUCCAACAUGCACGAUGCUUUCGAGAGGAUCAUCGCUGAGAUGGAAGAGAUCAUCAACGACACCUUGGUGUCCUUGGACAAGGACCACAAAGAGUUCGACAUCAUGAUUGAUAAUAUCCUCAAGUGCGGAGUGAAUCUCAACGCCAGCAAUGUGAGCGUGACGGAAAUGAGCCCUGCCGUGUUGCUGCUCGGCGUCGAACAUGAUGUGUGCCGAAACGACUCCGUUAUCUUGCGAGACCAAAACCACACCGCCCAGACGAACUACUACAAUUACAUGGCCAACCCCAACAUGCCGGCCUGCGCCCAGAAUUUUGAGCCAGGGACAUGCCCAGCACAGCAGGACUUCUCAGUGCCGCUGUACUUCGACAAUGCCAUUGCAUGUGCCAGCUCUGUUGACACUUGGGCUGGUGAAUUCCACAAACAGGCCCAAAGCCUCAAAACUGCGCAUGAGAUUGCGGAGGCGGCUGUUAUUGCCAAGUAUCAGGCGUGCGACAGGACUCAGCUGACGUAUGAGACAGCUUUCUGCACUUAUCGCACCGAGCUUAUCGAUCAAUGCACUGCACUGGAUAAUUGCUAUUCCAGCGCUGUGGGCGUGUUUCAGGCGACCAAGGAGCUUAUCCUCAAGUCCAACUCAAGCCGACACGUGGCCUUCAUCGCUGCCAGGCAAGUGCAAUGCUACAUCCGCGUGCUGCAGUCCGACAACCUCACAAUGGCCGCAAUCGAGGCCUGUGAUUACAAGCUGGUCGACACGUCCCCGCUGGCUUUGACAGUGCCUUCCAUUCCACCCAAGCCCGCCUGCGACGUCUCCCUUGUGGCGGAGCACCCGUGUGGCAGAGCCUGGGUCACCAAGAACUACCAGGACAUCACUAAGCAUUGGGUUGCGGAGCAAAUUGCCCACGCGACUUGUAUGCCGUGCCUGGACCAAUCUGGAAGCCUCCGAACCUUUGAUAUAUCGCAGAUUAGAGCGGAGGUUGGCAGGGGCCUUACAAGAAUUCAGUGGCGAGCAUGCCCCUCUGAGCGGGCCGUUUCCAUGCUGGCAAAGGUCUCAGAGGUCCUCUUGUCUGCAGCGCGGGCGCAGACCUGUGAGGAUGACCAGACAUGCCAACAGCCGAGCAAUCUCGGCGAAGAGGGAACGUUCAUGCAGGUGCGUGUCGCUGACGAAUCUGUCGACGGAUCGAUCGAAGGAUCGCAGACGAACACAUCUAUGGCGAGCUACGUGGAGAAGGUCCUAGGCAAAGUGACGGCUCUCGGUGGCAGCCACCAGAAUAACGUGGAGCUCGCUAAGGACGAGGUCCGCAACCUCGCCAUUCAACUGGCAGCAGAUCCCGACUACACCGUCUUCAACGUGAGCCAGUCCAACAUGCACGAUGCCUUUGAGAGGAUCAUCGCUGAGAUGGAAGAGAUCAUCAACGACACCUUGGUGUCCUUGGACAAGGACCACAAAGAGUUCGACAUCAUGAUUGAUAAUAUCCUCAAGUGCGGGGUGAAUCUCAACGCCAGCAAUGUGAGCGUGACGGAAAUCAGCCCUGCCGUGUUGCUGCUCGGCGUCGAACAUGAUGUGUGCCGAAACGACUCCGUUAUCUUGCGAGACAAAAACCACACCGCCCAGACGAACUACUACAAUUACAUGGCCAACCCCAACAUGCCGGCCUGCGCCCAGAAUUUUGAGCCAGGGACGUGCCCAGCACAGCAGGACUUCUCAGUGCCAUUGUACUUCGACAACGCCAUUGACUGUGCAAGCUCUGUUGAUGCUUGGGCUGGGGCUUUCCACAAACAGGCCCAAAGCCUCAAAACUGAGCAUGAGAUUGCGGAGGCGGCUGUUAUUGCCAAGUAUCAGGAGUGCGACAGGACUCAGCUGACAUAUGAGACAGCCUUCUGCACUUAUCGCACCGAGCUUAUCGAUCAAUGCACUGCGCUGGAUAAUUGCUAUUCCAGCGCUGUGGGUGUGUUUCAGGCGACCAAGGAACUUAUCCUCAAGUCCAACUCAAGCCGACACGUGGCCUUCAUCGCUGCCAGGCAAGUGCAGUGCUACAUCCGCGUGCUGCAGUCCGACAACCUCACAAUGGCCGCAAUCGAGGCCUGUGAUUACAAGCUGGUCGACACGUCCCCCCUGGCUUUGACCGUGCCUGCUAUUCCCUCCCAUCCCGUCUGCGACGUUUACGUGGUGGCGGAGCACCCGUGUGGCACAGCCUGGGUCACCAAGAACUACCAGGACGUCACAAAGUACUGGGUUGCGGAGCAAAUUGCCCACGCGACUUGUAUGCCGUGCCUGGACCAAUCGGGGGUCCUCCGCACCAGUGAUAUAUCACGGAUUAGAGCGGAGGUUAGUCAGCUCUCCUGA